GUGCCUAACACGCAUCGCAUAUAAAAUAGCAUCGCGAAUUUUGUACCCUACAUUUUAACGUAUUCAAACUCAGCGAAGCAUAUUCACCUGUAACGAAACCACAAAUCUUCUCGUCGUAUUAUAUAUACUUCUAAAAGCUUGUCAUUGGCAAUCAUUGUGCUCGAGAAUAGAUUGAGGAGAUAGGCACUUCUUGUUCUCUGCGAUACUUUGAGCCCGGACUUUGAGCACGCUUUGAGAAACCGCCGUGUCACUUUAUCGUUCUGUCCAAUAUUCCCACUGAUUUUUCAUCCACCGACGACAGGUAAAAAGUGAAAACUUUGAACCAUCAGGCAGACUUAUACCAGAAGAAUUCGUGUUAACCUUUCUGAGUUGUGACACGACAAGGAAUUACAUUCUUACAGUUUCGACACUAUGGAGAGUGGAAAGUCAUCAAAGGUCUCUGGAAUUAUCAAUACUGUUUCUCAUCUUGUUUUGAAGGAUAAACGAGCGAUCGAGAUGGGGAAAGAUCAUGCUGACAAAAUUGAGAACUGUUCAAAGCCAAAUCCCAUGGUACGCUAUGUCAUACGUCGAGGAAAGGUUGAAGACUGUUCUCAGAUCUCAGUACUUAUGAGGAAACUCGCAGAGAGUGAAGAUUAUGGAGAUCGGGUAGAAGUCUCUGAAGAUGACCUCCGUCGAGAUGGGUUUGGCGAUAACCCUGUAUUCGAGAGCAUCGUCUUAGAAGACAAAGAGGCCAACGAGGAAUCGUCCAUCUUGGGUUAUGCCCUCUAUUUCAUGGGCUUCUGCUCAUGGAAGGGACGUCUUCUCUAUCUUGAGGAUGUCUACAUCAACUCAGAGUACAGAGGUACUGGGCUCGGCAUCGCUCUUCUACAUACAAUAGCCAAGAUUUCUGAGGAGAGAGGAUGCAAAGCUGUACAGGGUACUGUCGUUGAAUGGAACAAGGAUGUCAUGAAGCUGUAUAAACGGAUAGGCGCCACGGAUAUGACCGAAGAGGACAAAUAUCACCUAUUUGCCAUCGGCCGAAACGAGGUUAGCCGGUUUGCCAAGGCCCGGAUCCCUGUCUUGAAUAACGGAUCACAAAUUGUGACAUGUGACCUGUGACACUAUACUGGAACUUAAAUUCUCGUAUUUAGGUUCGGAUUGUCAUGGUAGCGAACAGUGACACCGGUUCUUUUAUAACCGCGCACUCUAUACCAGAUAACCGAUUUGAACCGAACAUCUGAGCCAAAGCGCUGUGAUUUGCUAUGACGGAUUUUGUUCGGUUGUGCCCCCGACAUA